ACUAAAAUAAAUGAAAUGACCAAAUUAUCCCUAUUAAUUAAAAGAAAAAAAACAAAAAUAAAACCCAAAUUCAAUCAUUCAGACAACCAUUUCCCCUUCUUCCUUUCUCAAUCCCUAAUCUCCCGUCAUUUCACCCAAUUUCGCCGCGUCAAUCUCUUGCUUGGCGUCGAGUUCACCGUCGACGAGGAAGCCUUGCCACCGUUUCAUCAAUUCUUUCGCUUUUUACGGUUCUCUCCAUCUGUCUCUCUCUUUCUCUCUUGCUCUCUCUCACUUUCUUCUGUUAGUUGCAAGGGCAAUUUGGUUGCUAUUCAUGCUGGAAACAGGGGCUAUCCUCCGAAUAAGGUUGUUUGUACUGAAGGACCCGACAGAGUCAGAGAAUUAAUUGCCAUAGGCGCUUCAUUUGAUCAUGGAGAAGAUGGUAACUUGCAUCUAGUGAGGGAAAGGGGUCAUUCACAUAGUCGAAUUGUUCAUGCUGCUGAUAUGACUGGAAAAGAAAUUGAAAGGGCUCUGCUAAAGUCAGUUGUUAAUCCUAAUAUUUUUGUGUUUGAACACCAUUUGGCUAUAAAUCUUCUCACUUGUCAGUUUUUAGGUGGUAAGAUUCCUUUCAAAUGUGACUUUGCUUGCAUCUGGUGGAGCUGGACAUAUUUAUUCCAAAACUACAAAUCCUCUGGUGGCUACCGGAGAUGGAAUUGCCAUGGCACACUGAGCUCAAGCUGUGAUUUCAAACAUGGAGUAAGUAGAUGAAGGCAAAAGGAUACAUAACUUAUGCAUCACAAAAUCUCUUGAAGGCAAAAGGAACUACAUAUUAAGUUAUAGUGUUGGGUUUUAAAUUGCAGCAUGAGUAUUUAUGUGUAAUUUGUUUGUAUUUGUAAACAUGUUGUAAAAGCAUGUAUAUGAAUGAAUUAGAUUGACUGAUUUGUUGACAUUAAAUUCUUGAAAUUAGAUUGGUUGUUUUGG